CGCGGGGGUUGGCCGGGCGAGAGGGCAGGGGCGAGCCGGGCGAGGCGGGCGAGCCAGCGAGUGGGCAUCAUCAGGGGACCGUAGCGGUGGUUGCAUAGAAAACACCUGGAGCCAAACAGCUGCCUGCUGAGGAGACAGAUGGAGCUCAAGAUGGGAUGUUCCUUGUGAACUUGGACAUGAAAAGGUCCAGAUUCUGGAUUUUGGUACUGUAUGUUCCCCCUGGUUCCUGAGAGUAGAGGACUCCAGCACAACUGUGAAGCCCGAGUUUCCAGCAGUGUCUUUAUCAAAAGUGGACAGGUCCAGAUAGGACCUUCUGCCUCGUGGGCUGAGGCAGAGAGCCCUAGAAAGGAGUGCUGAAGUCAUCAUGCUACAGCAGCUCCUGAUCACCCUGCCCAUGGAGGCCAGCACCUGGGUGAAGUUGCGCCAUCCAAAGAAGGCCACCGAGGGGGCAUCCCUGUGGGAGGACGUGACUAAGAUGUUUGAAGGAGAAGUUUUGCUCUCUAAGGAUGCUGAUGAGACCCAGGGAGAAAGUUUCGAGGAUGAAGUGACCUCUAGGCCACUGACAGUAGAAUCCCAGGAACUGUUGACCUUCAAGGACAUAUCUGUGGACUUCACCCAGGAGGAGUGGGGACAACUGGCCCCUGCUCACCGGAGUCUAUACCGGGAGGUGAUGCUGGAGAACUAUGGGAACCUGGUCUCAGUGGGAUAUCAGCUCUCCAAACCUGGUGUGAUUUCCCAGUUGGAGAAAGGACAAGAGCCAUGGCUGAUCGAGAGAGAGGUUUCAGGAGGUCCACGUUCAGACUUGGAGAGUAAAGCAGAAACCAAGGAGUCAGCCGUAAAGAAUGAUACUUCUUGGGAAGAAUUACACCAUGGCCUAAUGAAGGAACAGUCCACAAGAGGAAGCACCUUAUAUUCCACAUUGGGAAGAAUCUCCAAAUGUGAUCAGUUAGAAAGCCACCAGGAAAACCAAGGAAUGGGUGAGGGGCAAAUCCCCUUGAUGCACAAAGUACUCACUCAGGAAAGAGGCCGAGAAUCUAAUAGAUUUGAGAAAAGUAUUAAUGUGAGCUCAAAAGUUAUUCCAGGACCAGAAAUUUCUCUGAGAAAAAAAGACCAUAAAUAUGAUGUAUCUAGAAAGCGAAGUAGAUACAAUUUAGAUUUGAUUAAUCAUUCAAGGAGUUAUACCAGAUUGAAAACCUUUGAAUGUAAUAUUUGCGAAAAAAUCUUCAAACAGCUCAUUCACCUUACAGAACACAUGAGAAUUCAUACUGGAGAGAAACCUUUCCGAUGUAAAGAAUGUGGAAAAGCUUUUAGCCAAAGUUCAUCCCUUAUUCCACAUCAGAGAAUCCAUACUGGUGAGAAACCCUAUGAAUGUAAGGAAUGUGGAAAAACCUUCAGACAUCCAUCAUCUCUUACUCAACAUGUUAGAAUUCAUACUGGGGAGAAGCCCUACGAAUGUGGGGUAUGUGAGAAAGCAUUCAGCCAGAGCAUUGGGCUGAUCCAGCAUCUGAGAACUCAUGUUAGAGAGAAACCUUUUACAUGCAAAGACUGUGGAAAAGCAUUUUUCCAGAUUAGACACCUUAGGCAACAUGAGAUUAUUCAUACUGGUGUGAAACCCUACAUUUGUAAUGUAUGCAAUAAAACCUUCAGCCAUAGCACAUACCUAACUCAACACCAGAGAACUCAUACUGGGGAAAGACCAUAUAAAUGUAAGGAAUGUGGGAAAGCCUUUAGCCAGAGAAUUCAUCUUUCUAUUCAUCAGAGAGUCCACACGGGAGUGAAGCCUUAUGAAUGCAGUCAUUGUGGGAAAGCCUUUAGGCAUGAUUCAUCCUUUGCUAAACAUCAGAGAAUUCAUACUGGAGAAAAACCUUAUGAUUGUAAUGAAUGUGGAAAAGCCUUCAGCUGUAGUUCAUCACUUAUUAGACAUUGCAAAACACAUUUAAGAAAUACCUUCAGCAGUGAUACGUGACAUAUGUGCAACAUCAAAGACUCCUCCUAAUGGAGCAAAAGCCUCUAAAUCAGAGGCUUUUUGACUUUUUGGCUUCAAGAAGCAAUGAUUUUUUUUAAUGACUUGAUGCAGUGUUACCACUAUCAGUUUUGCCAUAUUAAAGAAACUACCUGUCAUCAACAUCGUUU